CGGGGCAUGGCGCUGGUGACGGUGCGGCGGGCGGGGGGCUCCGCCGGGGGCCCCGCGGAGGAAGAUGUUCCCAGACGUGGCCAGCUGCAGCGACGGCAGAGCUUCGUCAUGGUCAAGGGGGCUGCGAGGCUGCUGCCUGCUGAGGAGCCCCCCCCGGCCGAGCCCCCCCCGGCCGAGCCCCCCAGGACAGCCCCGGGACAGCAGGAGCAGCACCUGCACCUCAUGAUGCAGCUGCUGCGCCCCCAGGAUGCCAUCCGGCUGGCGGUGCGGCUGGAGUCGGCGCGGCCGCGGCGGGUGCGGUACCUGCUGCUGGUGAGGCCGGAGGAGGCGGGAGCCGAGGCAGAGACGGCGCUGCUGGGAGUGGAUUUCGCCCACGAGGGGGCCACCCGCUGCACGCUGGGCAUGGUGCUGCCCCUCUGGAGCGACACCCAGGUGUUCCUCGACGGCGACGGGGGUUUCAGCGUGACAUCGGGGGGAGAGACGCGCAUCUUCAAGCCCAUCUCUGUGCAGACCAUGUGGGCCGUGCUGCAGGAGCUGCACCGCGCCUGCGAGGACGCGGCCCGCGGCGGGCACAUCCCCGGCGGCCCCGCGCUGGCCUGGGCCCGCGGCUACGCGGCGGCGCUGGGCUCGGAGCAGAGCUGCCUCAACGAGUGGCUGGCCAUGGCCGACCUCGAGUCCGUGCGCCCCGCCUCGCCCACGCCGCUCCGGCCAGCGGUGCCGGAGCUGUCGGAGCAGGCGGUGCGGGCGCUGCUGCGGGAGGUGAUGGCCGUGGCCGACCUGGAGAACGUCACGUCCAAGGAGGUGCGAGAGGAGCUGGAGCGGCGCACGGGGCACAGCCUGGCCGAGCACAAGGAUUUCAUUGACAACGAGAUGCUGCUGGUGCUGGCGCAGAUGGAUCGGCCUUCCCGCGUCUUCCCGCACCUCUACCUGGGCUCCGAGUGGAACGCGGCCAACCUGGAGGAGCUGCAGCAGAAUAGGGUCACCCACAUCCUGAACGUGGCACGGGAGAUCGACAACUUCUUCCCGGCGCUGUUCACGUACAUGAACGUGCGGGUGUACGAUGAGGAGGCGGCCGAGCUCCUGCCCCACUGGAACGACACUUUCCUCUUCCUCUCCCGCGUCCGGGCGGCGGGAGGCCGGGCGCUGGUGCACUGCCGGAUGGGGCUGAGCCGCUCGGCCGCCACGGUGCUGGCCUACGCCAUGAAGGAGUUCGGGUGGCCCCUGGAGCGGGCGCUGCGGCACGUCCGGCACUGCCGGCCGGGAGUCCUGCCCAACCCCGGCUUCAUGCGCCAGCUCGACUUCUACCAGGGCAUCCUGAGCGCCAGCCGGCACAGCAGCCUGUGGGAGCCCCGGGCGGCCGAGCAGGCACCGCACCCCGAGGAGGACACCGCAAGGGACACGAGUGGCCUGUCCCCGCUGGCCUCCCCGCUGGCCUCCCCGCAGCCCUCCGAGGAGGAGGCAGCUGGUGGGGGGAUGCUGGGGGCCUCCCGGCGCCCCCGCAUCUCCCUGUGCUCCGUCAUGCGGAGCAUCAGCCUGCUGGAGACCCCCGAGCCCCCCGAGGUGCUGGGGGAGCCCCUGGCCGAGGAGGCUCCCCUCAGGUGUUUGAGGCCACGGAGGGAGCAGGGGGUCCCUCCCCGAGGUCCCGACCCUCGUCCCGCCCGCGCGGCGUGGUGCGCCAGGCCAGCCUGGAUGGUGGCCCCGCCCCGUUUUGGGACCACACCCAUAGCGACGGCCACACCCAGUGCCACACCCAAGAGCCCGGACACGCCCACACGGAUGGACCCACUCCUUAAUUGGGGGGGCAUGGGACGGCGCCUCCUCGCUGCCAUAGCAACAAGAGGGCGCGGCCUACGCACGGGGGCGAGGCCAUCCAGCCGGCAGGCCCGCCCGCGCUCUGGGGCUGGGAGGUGCCUCUGCCUCCGCCCCACACGCACAAGCACCGACACCGCUCCUGCACUGGCAAUAAAGCGUGGAAAUGGCAGCCCCUGAUGUCUUUGUGACUCUGAGCAUCUGGAGGGUGGGGUGCUGUCAGUAGGGACCGGAGUGAACGCUUAGGGGGCAGCGGGCUGGCACGGGGACCCAGCGGCGCCAUGUUGAGGGGCACGGAGGAAACUACGACUCCCGGCGGCCUUGGCGCGAGAGGAACAACUUCCGGGUUGCCAUGGCAACCGUCGCGGCCUAGGCCUGGACUGGUGCCUAGGCUGGGAUCAGGGUGGAAUUGCUGCUGGAAUCGGGACUGGGGUAGCCCCGAGGCUCGGCAGCGGAGGACUGAAGCACACAGGGUCCGCAGCUCGCUGUGGCCAUGGUAGGGGAAAGUCACGCGUGCUUCUCCCACCACCCCGUGAGAUGGCAUCGGCCCCCUCCCUCCAUGGCAUCCCUUCGUGUGAUGUCAGCCCUGACCCACAGGACACCUUCCACUAGCCCAGGUUGCUUCAAGCUCCAUCCAACCAGGCCUUGGACAUUUCCAAGGAUGGGGUAAUCAGCUUCUCUGGGCAAUC